AAUGACGCAGCAUCAUCGACGCAUGCGCAAUACGUUUGGAUAACAAUGUGGCAGCGCUUGUCAAAUCCCUUCAUACGGCUCAAUCAAACGCAAAGUUAUUUAACAUCUAAAGGGUUCAAAGCUCUGCUCGUCCACCGACUGUUCACGAGUGGUGCUGAGCUUACCUACAGCUACAAUGGGCUGUACCCUGGACACAUCCAGACCAACUCCUUCCAGAAAGCACUGCUGGCCGUCGGAUCAGGAGUGGCGGCUCUGCAGGACCCCUACAGACACGACAUGGUUGCUGUGCUGGGAGAGACAACAGGACAUUUAGCGCUUAUAAAUCUAAGGGAGCGGAUGAAAAAUGACCCCGAGGGUUACACGAUCCUGACAGAAAGGCCAAGAAUCCGUCUGUCUACACUCGAUCUGGAAAAGAUGGCUUCCCUACCGGAUGGGUCGUUUGGACGAGAGUAUCUCAGAUUUCUGGAGGAGAAUAAAGUGACACCUGACUCCAGAGCGGAGGUGAAGUUUGUGGACAACGAGGAGCUAGCUUACAUCAUGCUGAGAUACAGAGAGGUCCAUGACCUGCUGCACACCUUACUGGGCAUGCCCACUAACAUGCUGGGUGAGGUGGCGGUGAAAUGGUUCGAAGCCGCUCAGACGGGGCUUCCCAUGUGCGCCCUGGGAGCCGUGCUGGGGCCACUUCGGCUGAAUGCAAGUCGUUUGCAGUCACUCUUCACAUCGUUGGGCCCCUGGGCCCUGCAGAACGGCAGGCGGGCCCGCUGCGUCCUCAGCAUCUUUUACGAGAGGCGAUGGGAGCAGAGCCUGGAGGACCUCAGGCGGGAGCUGAACAUCGAGCCGCCUCCACUCACACCCAGUGCCUCAAACAAGAGGAGGACCUGAUGCAAAGACACAAAUAUAACAGGAACUUCUUCAUAAACUGAUCAGCAGCCAAACCAGAAAUAUUUGAGGAUUUUUUGUCUUGUUUGAUAUAAUUAUCUACAGAGGACAUGGGGGAACUUUGAUUCUGGGAAAGACUGGCUCAUUGACUCAGUUUUCAACACAUGGCAUGUUUAAGUUUCCAUUUCCUUCUCAUUGCGACUUCAUCCUUCAAGAACUUCAGCAGUCAGCUUGUGAUUCGUUUGGAGCAGGAAAUACCAAAAAUACACUUCAGAUCCUAAAAAAUAGACGGUUGUAUUACCAAAUAUAAUUUUCACAUUAUUAUCAAUCAUUAUCAUUAUUAUCAAUAUCAUCUCUCAGCAGAGUCUUAAGUGCUUCUGAUUAAUCCCCUUUUCAACCGAGUUGGUUAAGUAGCGUUGGUGCAGCUGCAUCCGUUUAACCUUUAGACAUUCUUAUCUCAAAAACCACUUUUAGCAAGAAUGCCAUCAACAUGAAAUAAAGUUGUGAACAGGAGUUUCAUUAUCUGCUUUUUGUUCUGACUAAUAAUAGCACAUACCUAAUAAUAAUCAAAUGCAGUAAAACCACAUUUCCAGGAAAUGAAAGUCCAGGAAGUCUGUGAUUAAUUUAGUCAGAAGUUCUGUAGAAAUGAUACCGUUAUACAGCUGGUCUUUCCCUCCAUUGGUUUUUAAUUUCUACGGAAAAUAGCGUUUGUCACUGUCCAACAGUAAGUAUAUGAUUACAGAGACGUUAGCUUGUAGAAACGAUUGAAAUAUUAAAGAUUGUGUGUAACCU